AUUUCCUUAAUUUCAUACAUCCUCUAUUUUUUAUAUGUAAUAUUUGUCUUUUCUAUAAGUCUAACUAGGAAAUAAAAAACUCCACAAUUUUUUCAUCCUCAUAAAUUUCAAAUUGCAAUAUAAAUAAUAAAGGGUGGUAUUACCAACUAGAUAAAUCCAAUCUUCCCUCGUUCUAUAUAUAUAUCUCCAACAUUUCAGCUCGUUACUCUCCUUUCUUUCUAUGAAACAAUCACAAAAAAAAAAAAAAAUCAACAUUUUUCUCUUUCCACUUUCUCUCUCUUAAAUUAGGCACCCACCAAAACGAUGCCGUAUUGCAACAUUUCUGGUGAACAAUCCACCAGCAAAAUUGGCACCAAAAUUUUCUACAGAACAUACGGCAAUGGACCAAUAAAAGUUCUUCUCAUAAUUGGUUUAGCUGGGACCCACGAAUCAUGGGGACCUCAGAUCAGAGGGUUCACAGGAACUGAUGUACCCAAUGAUGAUAAAUCAACGGUAGAUGAUGAGGUUGCAGGUAAUGGGUGUAUGGAAGUUUGCGCAUUUGAUAACCGAGGUGUAGGUCGGAGCUCCGUUCCCACUAAAAAGUCAGAGUAUACAACAACAAUUAUGGCAAAAGAUGCUAUAGCUCUUAUGGAUCAUUUGGGUUGGAAGAAAGCUCAUGUUUGUGGACAUUCAAUGGGUGGUAUGAUAGCUUGCAAGUUGGCAGCUUUAGUACCUGAUAGAGUAACAUCCUUAGCUUUGCUUAAUGUAACUGGAGGAGGGUUUCAAUGUCUUCCAAAGCUUGACCGAUUAACUGUAUCAGUUGCUGUGCGCUUCUUGUUGGCCAAGACAGCAGAGGAUAGGGCUGCUGUGGACUUGGAUACGCAUUACAGCCAGGAUUAUCUUGCUGAGUGUGUUGGAGAGAGUACCAGACGAGCAAUCUUAUAUCAAGAAUAUGUCAAAGGUAUAUCAAAAACUGGGAUGCAAUCCAAUUACGGUCUUGAAGGUCAGAUCAAUGCUUGUUGGACACAUAAGAUGACCAGAACAGAAAUAGAACAAAUACGUGCUGCUGGUUUCCUCAUAUCUGUCAUUCACGGGAGGCAUGACAUUGUAGCUCAAAUCCGUCAUGCAAAACGACUGGCAGAGAAGUUGCAUCCUUUCGCAAGAAUGGUGGAUCUUCAUGGAGGGCAUCUAGUGAGCCAUGAAAGGACUAAUGAGGUUAAUGACGCGCUUCUUGACUUAAUUAACGCAUCAGAAUGCAAGACAAGCCCACGUGAUUGGACAAAUUUGCCUGAUAAGAUGAGCUCAGGUACGCACUCACCGACACUCGAAGCUCCUGAGCUCAGUUUUGCUCCCUUCUGUUUUAGCAUGAGAUUGGAUUGGACCAUUGAGGAUGCUGAGCACUACAAAGUCAGCUACAAGGAGCAGUCUAUCGUCCAUGUAUAGAGUAUUGGAAAAAUUGAACGGUUUCUUGAUAUAUCUUUUCGGAAUUUUUGUGCUUGCAUAUGAGUACAUACGAAGAGUUGUGGGAAGAUUCAAGCCUGUCCGGAUCGGGGCUUCUCUCACAUGAGCCAAAUCUUUUGGCCCGUUGCUCGUCACUUGGUACUCUGAUGGUUUCUACAUUCGAGGCAGAAGUGAAGCUCGCGAAGUGAAGCUCGUGAAAAGGAUGCAAUGAGAAACUCUCUCCGUGAACUCGGGGUGCGGUUCAAAAGCCAGUCAUGAUUUUGUGCAGUGAGAUUUUACAAAUAUGGAAAGGGCAGCAAUUUCUGUCCUGAAGGAAAUUUGUACUUCGAGAAAAAAAAAAGGGGUAGUAUUUUGUAUCCCCUUUUCCUUUUUUGUUGCGAGGUCUUCUUUUACCACCCGCAACAAAAAAUAAGGGUGAUUCACAUAUCAACUGUAAUUGUUUAGAAUUAAGUGUGAUUCGCUAUUGUAUGUAUAGGUUUCUGAUAACAACAGUGAAUAAUACUCUUCUAUAUUCCCUCAAAGUAAAGAAAACUCUUCUAUAUUUCAUUUAUCAUUGAACUA